AAAAAAAAAGAGUAGUAUAUAAAACCCCUAAUUACCCGCAAAUAACAAUUUUAGGGUUUCGUUGCUGUAGCCGCCGCACAUCGGAGCACAGCCGUCAGCCACCAUGGGUCGUAUGCACAGUCGAGGUAAGGGUAUUUCAGCUUCAGCACUUCCGUAUAAGAGGACUCCACCGAGUUGGUUGAAAACAUCUGCUCCCGAUGUUGAGGAUAAUAUAUGCAAGUUUGCCAAGAAGGGUUUGACACCUUCUCAAAUUGGUGUUAUACUUCGUGAUUCUCAUGGGAUUGCUCAGGUGAAGAGUGUAACUGGUAGCAAGAUUCUCAGAAUUUUGAAGGCUCACGGACUUGCUCCUGAGAUUCCGGAGGAUCUCUAUCACCUUAUCAAGAAGGCCGUUGCAAUCCGGAAGCAUCUUGAGAGAAACAGGAAAGACAAAGAUUCCAAGUUUAGGUUGAUUCUUGUUGAGAGCAGGAUUCACCGACUUGCUCGUUACUAUAAGAAAACCAAGAAGCUUCCCCCAGUCUGGAAGUAUGAAUCUACCACCGCCAGUACUCUCGUGGCAUAGAGAAGACUCUGCUUUUGCGGUCAAAUUUUGCCUCCAAAGUUCAAUAUUAAGUCGGAACUGCCAGGAUGCUUAAUUGAGAAAAAAAACUGUUAAGAUAUUGGUGAUGAUUUAGUUCUUUUUUGAGUUGGUAUUUGAUUCCCUUUUCUUUCUUUAGAUGUUGUGAUAUAUUCAAAUCUUGGCUGCUUAUGCUUAAUAGUUGAUCUUACCAAAGCUUUAAAAUUGUUGCGAAUGUCUGCUGGGUUAGUUAAUGAUGAAUUACCUUACUCCAUAUCUAUAUUGGGU